AUGACUCUUUCUCUGGGGCUGGCCCACCCAAGAGGCGGGCUGAGGAAGCCACCUCAAGUGACAGGAUCAACCGAGGCGGCAUAUCUGGCCUCCAAGGAGAGUGUUGCCCGUCGACGUGCCAGAAGUCUCCUCGUCGUUUGUGCAGGCCUGGUCCACAUUGUCUCCCCUGACCGGGAUUCGCCUGUCAACACCAUCAUUGGCCAGACCUUCAACCUGGCCCGCCUCAUGAAAGCCAACAGCACUGUCCUUCUGAAUACCUAUCUGAGUCACCAAGGCAGCCCGUUUAGCAACUCCGGCUUCGACGCCCGGAGGCUGCACUACGAAGGGGUGCCAACGGCCGCCAUCCCGUUCCUGGAAUGGCGGACUCUCAGCCACAUCAAGCGUGUGGAGAAGAAUUACGAGGCCUACACCGCCUUCGCGGAGUUCCUGCAGCUGGUCCGGGACGACCAGUUUGAGAUCAACCCCACCAAAGUGGAACUUCUGGAUAUGCUGAAGGUGACUCGCUUGCGCAUCCAAGGCCUCCUCAGCAACUUGACGGCCAUCAUGUCUGCCUUGGGAGCGCCGCCCACCGCCGUCACGGACCCCCUCAUGCUGGAGUCUGUGGAAGCCGACACGUUUGAAAAGAAAGUCCGAGGCUACGUGGUGUGCCACACGUACAAAGAGUGGAUUGACAGGACGGUGAAAGACUUCUCUCUCCUCGCGGAGAAAUUCCCAGCCUAAGGAUCGCUCAAGGAGUAAUUCCCAGGUUGAAGGGUUCCUCCGUUCUCCUUGCCGCAUAUUUC